CCUGCUGCCUUUCCUUCCCUACCUGACCUUCCCUUGGUCUCGCACGCCGCGACGCCGUGUAUGCAGCCUGCAUCUCAACGGCAUCUCAUCUCUCCCCCUCAGGCGGGCAGCGGGCUCACGUCCAGCCAGCAUGCGCUCCCUCGAGGAAUCCCGAGCGAGAUGGCAAAGUACUACAAGCCUCAUCGGCGCUGCCGACCUGCAGCGCGCUGUUAGGAACAACGGCCCGUCAAGCCCGUGUCUGUCGGGCUGUCGCUCGAUCUGCUGGAAGGUUUGUGGCCGCAGUCAUGCCCCGCGCGGAGACACAAGGCCUGCAUCGCGCGUGCUGACAGCUCGCCUGCACCCUCAUAGGUCUUCCUACUAUCAGGUGACGAUGGGACACCCGGGGAUUGGAAAGCGGCCGUACGGCAGGGCAGAGCGGAUUAUGCUCAUCGAAGGGCCCAUUUGCUGCGCUUCAUAGAGCAUCCCGAAGCACUGGCCGAGCUCAGCAUUGAUCCCCUGGCCGAUGAUCCCGACGUGAGCCGUCCCUUCGCCUCUUACCUCUUCCCUCUUACUCAGCAGCGAACCCGCUUGCUGACGGAUGGUCACAGUCGCCCUGGAACACGGUGCGCCAGGACGAAUUGAUUCGGGCAGAAAUUCGUCAGGAUGUCCAGCGUCUGCCCGAUGACGCCAACUACCACCAAGACGAGGUGCAAUCUAUGAUUCUAGAUGUUCUAUUCAUCUACUGCAAGACCAAUCCAGAUCGAGGUGGCUACCGACAGGGAAUGCACGAGUUGCUGGCGCCAAUAGUUCACGUCGUUCAGCAGGAUGCCGUCAGCCGGUCCGCCACCACCACGGAGGCUUUCGACGAGGAGAUGCUUGACCAUCUCGAUGCCGACUUUGUGGAGCACGAUGCUUAUAUCCUGUUUUCGCGUCUCAUGGAGCGCGCAAAGGCAUUCUAUGAGAUCAAGGAUGCGCCAGAUCAAGGCCACGCGGAACAGCGAUCUACCAUUGUCGAACGGAGCAAAUAUAUCCACGAGGCCUGCCUGCAAAGGGUUGAUCAGGAGCUCGCCAAUCACCUUCAAAACAUAGAAAUACUCCCUCAGAUAUUCCUCAUCCGAUGGAUCCGUUUACUCUUCAGCAGAGAAUUUCCUUUUGACCAGUUUCUCGCCUUAUGGGACACCGUGUUUGCCAUAGAUCCCUCUCUCGACUUGAUAGAUCUCAUCUGUUGUGCUAUGCUCAUCCGAAUUCGAUGGCAACUGCUGGAAGCGGACUAUUCCGUCUGUCUUCAGCUGCUCUUAAAAUACCCUCCGCCCGAACAAGCGCAUGGGCCCCACACGUUUGUGGACGAUGCUCUGUAUAUACGCAAGCACAUGACAGCGGCAGGGGGCGCUGUUCUGAUACAGAAGUACACGGGGCGAAUGCCAGACCUCUCGGAGAAACCAUAUCUGCCACCGCCAAGCACGGGCAAUUCUCAGAGGACUAGCUCAAGACCCUCGUUGCCAUCGCCGUCCAAAUUUAUCCAACAGCAAGGAAGGGUUGAGUCUCUGUUUCAGGGUGCUGCCAAAGGCGCUAGAGGGGUCCUGGAGCGAGGCGAGAAGCUGGGGAUAAACCAGGCCGUCAGGGAUGCGAUGGUAGAGAUUCGGCGUAAUGUGCAGAACUUCAACGAGUCGCAGCAAGUGCAACACACGCCACGGCAGGUCCUCAGCGAGUAUGGCGCUGUCAAAGCCCUUGCCGCUAUGGAAGGAAGGAACAAACAGCUCGCAAGCCUUCUGAAUGAGGCGGUGCUGGAUCUCAAGACCAUGUCACUGUCCAACGUUGGAGACGGGGACAAGAACCAGGAGUUGCUCGAGGUUGUCGCUGCUAAAAUCCAGUUCGUUCAGGUAUACCUGGAAGACCCGUCCAUGGAGGUCCCUAGCUUCAACGCCGCACCAUCAAAGGAACCGGAAGCACGGCAGCGCGCGACGCAAAAAAGGACUACCGAACCUGGCCUGCAAACAACGGAGUCUGAGAACAGUGCAGAGCCGGAGAGCACUGAGCCGAUGCCGGGGCCGCCGGAAGAUCACGAUGAUGUGCCAGUUACAAACGCAGCGCAAGUGCCGCACGAUGACCUUUUGGAACCGCCUACUCCAGGAGGAGUCCUUGCCUUCAAGACAGAGAUUAGUAGCAAGAUGACAGCGCCAAAACGCCCGGCUGCCAUCCCUACACGCUCGACACUGGCCCAGUCGUCCUUCUCAUGGAUGCUGGAGCCUGACGAGUCGGUCCCGGCUCGGACGACUUCAGCAUCGGGCAGAUCGCCCCAACUUCAGCACAAGAAAAGAUCGUCCAACAACGCUGGCCGUGAGAGGAACGCUUUCUUGUUUGGUGAGAAUGAUGCAGAGUCGGAAAGCAACGGGUCACGAAAGCCCGAUGACAUAUUCGGAUUAGAGCCGCUAGGGAAGCCCCAGGGGACGUCUCAGGGAAAGGCAUAAACGGAGACUUGGAACUGUGUGGCUGUGUGUACAGGCGGGUAAGCCAAGAUGAAUUAUAGAUGGGCUUCACAUACAAGGCGCACACGAUAUUUGCGCCCUUGGGUCGUGUAUAUUGCUGGCUCACUUUCACUGGUAGACGAUGGGAAACAAUAACCAAAAUCCCACCACUGAAACGCAGAUGCGUCACCUCUUGAGCGACUUCUCCCUCACCCAGAACGUUACCAAAAAGGCG